UGUAGGCUCGACUUGCUUGUGUAGACCAGUGUACCAAGUGCCUGCCGAUGCGGCGGAAUCUGCUUCAACCACUCCCAUUUCUGCCCCUCCGAUGCCGAUUGCUGCUCCCAACAAAAUCCAGAAACCCAUUAAACGACAGAUCAAGACUGCCCCAGAGAACCUUACCAAAGCCUUGAAUUCCAUACCAGAAUUCGGAAGCCAGCAAUUGGAACAUGGAAAUUUGGGCCGACCAUCUCCUUAUUCGGCUCAGGAACAGCGUUUGUGCAGUUCAUAUGAUAUCAUCAAGCAAGAACCAAAUCCCUCGCACAAGACAUCCGAGUGCGCCAGCGAAGAUAAGGCGCCGCAGGGCGGCAGCUGUUGCUCUCGCAAGUCUCAACCCUUACAGACUAUAAUCCCGGAUGUUACAGCUCCUGCAGUCCAACGUUCCUGUUGUAGGAAGUCCGAUUCGGCGGCACAAGAUGUCGAGAAGGAAGACAGCACUCCCAGCGAUUAUCAUCACUUCCAACCUCCAGCCUUCGACAGUGAUAAUGCAAGAUACUCGCCGAACUCUAUUCCCCAGGUUUCGACGUGGCAAGAUUUCCAAGCAGCGAAGCAGAGCCAGUACAUGCAGCCUUUCGCAUUGCCCGUAUCCGAGUCCGGUUAUCUCCCCAUGGCUGGACCUGCCGCAGGUUUUCAUUCUAAACCACUAGACUUUCAGCAUCCGCAUGCGUUCAACAACUAUGAGAUCUUCAACAAUCAGAUUUCUCAGCCGACGUCGGAGAACACGAAGAAUGCUAUUGCAAGUCCAGCAAAUCCUGCUGGCGAAGCUUCUCAUGAUUGUAGCUGUGGCGAUGGUUGUCAAUGUCUGGGUUGCGCGUCUCACCCCUUCAACAACACUACUAGACAGCAUGUCCAACAGAUGGGCCUCCUGGUGGCUUUCAACGAUGAUGAACAGAGCCCCGACAGGCUGAACAGCCAUAGAGGCUCCCCUUUGCAGAGCCAACCCCCGGACUUCUCAUCAUUACAGUAUUCCUUCGCCAACUUCGGUAAUCCUCUGGGUAACAAUUUUCACCCCGUCGCAAUGCACCCAUAUGCCCAACAGAGUGCGGACUCGGGUCACGUAAACAAUGGCUAUUCAUCUCCGCCCGCGGAUUAUCUAGGACAGCAACUGAUGGUGCCGUCAGAGUACUAUACUCUCGAGUACCCAGUGGGGCUACCUAGCGCUUGCUCCGAUACAACUGGAAGCUGCCAGUGCGGAAGUGACUGUACCUGUGUUGGCUGUCUUACCCACAGUGGACACAACGGACUGCCACUUGAGCCCGCCAUGCCCGAGGGCAACUGGGACCACAUGAACCUUCCAGGUUUCUCCAUGGACGCUACAGGUCACAGCACGUCACAGAUGCCCGUGAUGGAUAACUUUGUCGCUCAUUCGAACUCUAUGCUGUAGUACCCCACUUUUUAUUUGCAUUGGGAUGCAAUGCGACUCCGCCAUCUUUUCACCCUUAUGCCCUUCCCUUGCUUUUCCUGCGAUCAAGUUCUCAUUCGGAUGACCGAUGCUUGUUCAUGAUACCCCUUGCUCAUAGAUGUUGGAUGAUAGAGGAUACAAAAGUCUUUUCGUCCUCUCUAUUGUUGUAUAUAUUCCUCAGCCAUUACCUAGGUUUGUCUAAAGUCGCAAACGCACGGACCAAUCUCCUCCCCAAGCUCUACGAGCCCUUACUUCUCUAUUAUUUCCAUUCGUUCUAUACUAAUUGGCAAGUUAUCGCAAGAGGGUCUCCAAUCUAGACCGAAUGCAGUAACCUGGAGAGAACUAAGUCCACGUGUCUUAUAAUGUGGUCGCAUGACAGGCCUAGAUGCUAA